AUGAAAAGAAUGAUAAACGUGAAAGCGUUCGCACAACUCGUGAACAAAGACCGUUCAACCAACGAAGCAACAUCUAUUUCCUUUAAUGUGCUGAAGUCAAUGCAUGUUGUCACGAAUAUUUCACCGGACAAUCACAACUAUCGACAACAACUGUCCUGUACAAAACAGCAUCGCCGCUUGACUAUCUCUUAUUGGAGAGACGCUCCACUGGAGAAGAUCCGAUUCGACACGGAGACGAAGACACCACAUCCAGAAGACGAACCACAGUGGAUAAGCGACGCGGAUCAUCGGCUCCGAUGA